UUUGGCACCAAGCUAUGUGAAAUUCAUAAAUGUAAAUUUACAAAUGCUAUUGGAAACCAGAUCGACUCUCCCUCAACUGUUCUAGCACACCGGAGACGGCAGCCAUGUCGAAGGAAGACUCGGGCGCAUCCAGUGCGGAGGCGAAUCCAGCUGAAUCGGAGAUUUCGAUGGGUCGAGGACCCCGCCCAAGGUCCUUUAGCGGCGGUGGAGGCGGUGGCGGAUCAGGUGGAAGUGGUGGAAGCGGUGGAAGCGGUGGAGGCGGUGGAAGUGGUGGAAGUGGUGGUCCCUCCGGCGACAGCAAUCUCAGGCCCGUAAAAAGCCCGCGGGAAGAUGACGCCAUCGACCGAGCGACGGAUUCGAAUUCGGCGCCCCGAAAAGUGAUGAGCGAUCCGCGCUUCCGGAUCCGUCCGCUGCAACAGGUGAUCUCGGCCUGCACCGGGGCCAUGAUCACGGCCUGCUUCAUGACGCCCCUGGACGUAAUUAAGACCCGCAUGCAGUCGCAGCAGUCGCCGGCCCACAAGUGCUUCUUCUACUCGAACGGGCUGAUGGACCACCUCUUCGCCAGUGGACCCAAUGGCCCCGAGUUGGCCAGCAUGAGGCCAAGACCACAGUUUUCCAGCUCUUGGGAUGCUCUGAUGAAGAUCAGCCGGCACGAAGGAUUGGCCGCUCUGUGGUCCGGCCUGGGUCCCACCCUCGUCUCCGCCCUGCCCUCCACCAUAAUCUACUUCGUGGCUUAUGAGCAGUUCAAGGCCAGAUACCUCCAGAUGUACGAGCGCCACUAUGGUAAUAGGCCGGAGCCCCGUCAGCUUGAAAACAGGGACACCAAGAGAAGUCUACCGUCGGUGGUUCCCAUGAUGUCCGGGGUGACUGCUCGGAUUUGUGCAGUUACGGUGGUGAGUCCCAUCGAGCUGGUGAGAACCAAGAUGCAAGCCCAGCGGCAGACCUACGCCCAGAUGCUGCAGUUCGUCCGGAGCGUGGUGGCCCUGCAGGGCGUUUGGGGCUUGUGGCGGGGACUGCGGCCCACGAUCCUCAGGGACGUUCCCUUCUCGGGGAUUUACUGGCCCAUCUACGAGAGCCUGAAGCAGAGUCUGGGCCAUGGCUCACAGCCCUCGUUCAGUCUGAGUUUCUUGGCAGGUGUGCUGGCGGGAACAGUGGCCGCUAUCGUGACCACUCCUUUCGACGUGGUCAAGACGCACGAGCAGAUUGAGUUUGGAGAAAGGGUCAUCUUCACGGACUCGCCGGCGAGGGACUUCGGAAAGAAGUCGACCUUCAGCAGACUGACAGGCAUUUACAGGAUGCACGGCGUGAGGGGACUCUUCGCAGGAUGCGGACCCAGGCUCCUGAAGGUGGCACCUGCCUGCGCCAUAAUGAUCUCCACCUUCGAGUACAGCAAGUCCUUCUUCUUCCAUUACAACGUGAGGCAUCAUAACGAGGCCCUACUCCUGGACAACCCGAAAGCCACGACAGUCAAGGAUGAUGCCAUUGAGUAGGGAGUGGGGUGGCUCCUUUGUAAAUAAAGAGCGCAUAUUUUAUGUAAACCCUGGGUGGCGACACGACUCAAUAUUCCCGACUCAAAACCCCUGCGCAACGCUUUUCGAGUUACGUGUUACGUCAAUAAGGCGAAGCCGGAAAAUCAAUUUCCAUUUUCGCAGCUUUAAGUCUCCGGCUGCCUGUUGCUCGGUGCUGCUGCUCGGCGGAUACCGGGAAACCCACUCCCCAAGUUGACAUUUAAUGGAAUAUUCAUUCAUUUACAUUAACUGCAAUUAAAGCGAGUGCAAAGGCGAAUUAAACGGAAAUGCCAAAGAGCUGGAAGACAGGUAAACUGACUUCAGAGCUGCAACGGA